AUAACAUUUAUUUAAAUAGUCCGAAAAAGGCAACCAUUAUUCCAUAAGAACACACACCAUUAGCUUCUCUUAAUCCUGCUGUUAAUUUUGCACAGGCAAAUAGUGUAUCCUCAUAAGGAGCAGAAUGAAAUUCAAGAGCUCUUGUCCGUCCCGACUCGCACCUUAAUCCUUGGUAACCUUGCCAAUUCUUGCAGGAGGAAAAAACAAAUAUUGUUCCACGGGGCGGCCAAGCUAUUAUUUAAGCAUUAUUUCCUUUGUGUGCUUUGUGAGCAGAGUGUUUUGAAGCACUCCGGCCCUCAUUGCUUAGAUACUAGCUGGGUCUGAACACAGCAGAGAAAAUGCCUGUGAAAAAGAAAUGCUGAACGGAGCCCCGGAAAGCAGGAAAUCUGCCACACAAUACAGAUCUGGUGGGGCCACGCAAGCUGAAGGGUCCCAGCCCCAAUUCCAUCCACCCAAAAAUUUAUCCGAAAGGCAGACUAUCUUUUAGAGGUGGGCAACGCCAUCCUUGCAUCUUUCCUUAUCGCCUCCUUUCCCAUCAUCUCAUGCACAGAAAUUAGCUAAGCAGUGGUCACUGAGAUCAGCUGUGCUAGAGGUCAGCUGCGUGGAGGAGCAUCUCUCCAGAGCUCAGCUGCUUCGCUGGUGAAUGAGCACGGAUGCUCGUUGCACUCAGCUCCCACCAGGCGUUGCCCAAACCAGUAAAGUGUGCUGCUCCCUGGAAGAAGACGACAGCCAUGAUGCCAGCCGGCUGGGGCUCCCAUGAGGCAACGAGGCCGCCGCACAUCGUUUGGGCUGAUCUCGUGAUCCGGGUCCCUCUGCACCAGGGCCGGUCCAAAGUGGCACCCAAAGAGAUGCAAGAUGCGACCUUUGCGGCAGCCAUGAAGCAGCACCCAGGAAGCGAGGGUCACAAUCCGGGCCAAAGGAACAGGAGGACACAUCUGCCCCAACGCUGCCAGGAUUGCACCCGGGGAGCCGAGGAGGAAGACAGAAGGGAGCCCAUUGCCCCGGCCUGCCACACGGUGCCUCCCUCGUCCGCUCCAGAAAAUGGAGACUCUCAAGAAAAACGUGCUGUCCGAACAAUCCUCGUCGACCUGAGACCCAUCCUGGAGAAAGCGUUGGACCUCUCGGACUCUUCUCCAGAGAUGUUGGAGAGAGACUCCCAAAACGAUGAAGAACAUCUGCAGAUGGAGACUGGAGAUCUCCCCACUGAAGGAGGAGGACACAUCUCAGAGAUGGCCACUGCUGCUUCCAUAGAUACCAGCAUCCCUGAGGACGUCUUGCCACCGCUCCCCGGGGAUCCCUUCCGAGCACCCAGUGCCCACGCCGAGAGCACCCGCAAGGCCCCAGAGAUCUGUCCUCAGUUGGACGACUCGACUGAACUUGAGGAAACCACGCUGCUGGCUGCGUUGAACCAUGAACCGAAACUCAGAACGGCCGUUUCCUUGCCUAAGAUUACGCCGCAAGAGUUAGGAGAAGACCAUCUAUUGCAAUCGAUCAAGCCUCCCCCCUCCCCCCCAGACUUCCAUCUCCCCACACAGCUGCUGCUGCAGAGGCUGCAGGAGACGACCACCAGCCGGCAUCACUCGCUGAUUGUGCAAGUCCUGAGUUCGCUGCGGGAGGAACUCUUGAUGGAAGAGCAGCUGCCUUUGGAUGGUGGGGACAAGGCAACCCAUCUCCUGCAGCUGCCCAGCAUCAAAGCUCCAGAAAGGAAGAUGGGAGGCCAGAAGGUGAAGCAUUUGAAGCCCGGCCAAGUGGCCACCGAAAGGAUGCUUGGCAAGUUCACCUGGCACAGGUGCCACAGGUCUGUCUAUGGGGCCGGCUCAGCCCCACAAGCCACAGACCUUUGAGUUGCUGCAAGGUCUUUUAUUAAAGAUGAUGUUGUUGUUGCCACAAAACAAACAACUUAAGAUCAAUGGUUUCUAUGGGUCCAUUCUGACCCAUAGAAGUUUUGCUGAUAACAGGGGUUGGAACUGAACUUUACUCUGCUCAGAAUAGAACCCACUAAAAUUAAUCGACCCAAGCCAGUCAAUGUCUUUGUCUUUGGAUUUCAACAGCUCUACUACUGAAGCUGA